GCCAGGAGGAUGAAUCGAGCGCCGAGCGGCGGGGUCCGCAGCCGGGACGGGGAGGUGAUUUAAAGGGCUGCGCGGGAGCGAGCGCGGCGGCGGCAGCUGGGGAAGCUACCCCGACGGCGGGGGCGCGCUGGCCUCAGGUGAUCGUGAGAUGGGAUGACCCCAAACUUAGCUGGAACCAGAAGUCUCUGUGAUAUUGGUGCUACCCCUGCUCUCUGCCCGCAGAAGCCAUGAACCUGUAACUGGGGAAGCUUCUCCUCAACCCAAUGUGUUACCACCAGAUCUCCAGUACAGGAGCCAGCUGCUCCCAGUGUCCCUGAUAGCCCUGUCACCUCAGCAUCCUCCAAAGAGACCCCAUCCCCUGGUAUUCCAGUUCAGUGCAUGUCCCAGAGUGUGCAGACUAUCUUGUGUUCCAGCAUCAGGGCGGGAGAGCCCGGGCUGCAAGAACCAGGAGGGGGAAAGUGGCUGGUCUGAAAGCGAGGAGAGGGAAAGGGAGCCGCAGCAGCAGCAGCAGCAGCCGCCCCAGACUGCACGCUCGGCUGGGAGCCGCUCCGGGAUGACGAGAGGGGAAAGCCAGGAGCAGGUCAGCUGGAUGGAGGAGUUUGGGAAAGGAGCCAGAGUGCUGAGUUUUGGCUAUUUGCUUCUCUCUGCUUGGGCUCUAGGAUGCUGGGGCCAGCUAGGCUGAACCUGCCCACGUGAUCCUCACUGCUUUCAGCCCUCACCCUGCCUGCCCACCAUGCUGCGCUCCUGGCGUGGAAAGCUGAAGCUGCUGCUCGCCACUGUAACACUGGUGAUCCUUCUCUCGUGGCUCUGUGUCUUUGUGGGAAGUUCAGAAUAUGGCCGUUCCCUCCUAUUGUCUCCUUGCCUUGGGGACCGGCCGAGCCAGGACCUGGAGCGAGAGGCCUUGGCAUCUCAGGUGCGCAAGGUGGAAGAGGAAAACCUGCAACUACGCCUGCAGCUCAGCCAAUCUCGGGCGCAAGCUGGGGCUGUGGAGGGGAGUGAUGGCAGCCAGCAGUGGGCAGCCUCCUUUGAGGAUGGGGACGCCCCAGGGGAUGACAGGAGCAACCGCACAGGCUGCCCCAAGCAGCAGAUGGUGCAGAAGUGUGAGCUCCUGCACGUAGCGAUUGUGUGUGCUGGUCACAAUGCGAGCCGAGACGUGGUCACCCUGGUGAAAUCCAUCCUCUUCCACAGGAAGAACCCUCUCCAUUUCCACCUCAUCACGGACUCGGUGGCUCAGCAGAUCCUGCAGACUCUCUUCCAGUCCUGGAUAGUGCCCUCCAUCUACGUUAGCUUCUACAACGCAGACGAUUUGAAGGCAGAGGUGUCGUGGAUUCCCAACAAACAUUACUCCGGGAUCUACGGGCUGAUGAAGCUGACGCUCACUAAGGCGCUGCCCUCCAACCUCUCCAAGGUCAUUGUUCUGGACACAGACAUCACCUUUGCCACCGACAUCGCUGAGCUGUGGGCUGUCUUCGGGAAGUUCUCCGACAAGCAGGUGAUUGGGCUGGUGGAGAACCAGAGUGACUGGUACCUGGGAAACCUCUGGAAGAACCACAAGCCAUGGCCAGCACUUGGACGUGGCUUCAACACAGGGGUGAUCCUGCUGCUGCUGGAGCGCCUGCGCCGGAUCAGCUGGGAGCAGAUGUGGCGGCUGACGGCGGAGCGGGAGCUCAUGAGCAUGUUGUCCACCUCACUGGCAGAUCAGGACAUCUUUAAUGCAGUGAUUAAGCAGAACCCAGUGCUGGUGUACAAGCUCCCCUGCUUCUGGAAUGUGCAGCUGUCUGACCAUACCCUCUCAGAGCAGUGUUACUCAGAGGUCUCUGAUCUUAAGGUGAUCCACUGGAACUCGCCCAAGAAGCUGCGGGUGAAGAACAAACAUGUGGAGUUCUUCCGGAACCUCUACCUGACCUUCCUGGAGUACGAUGGGAACCUGCUGCGCAGGGAGCUCUUUGGUUGUGCCAGCCUGCCCAGCCUACCCAGAAACCAACUGCAGCAAGCCCUGGAGGACCUCGAUGAGGAUGACCCCUGCUAUGAUUUCCGCCGGCAGCACCUCAUGCUGCACCGCAUCCACCUGUUCUUCCUGCAGUAUGAGGUCCUGGCCUUGCCUGACCCUGCUGAUGUCACCCUGGUGGCCCAGCUCUCCAUGGACAGGUUACAGAUGCUGGAGGCAAUCUGCAAACACUGGGCAGGCCCCAUCAGCCUGGCGCUGUACAUGUCGGACGCAGAGGCCCAGCAGUUCCUGCGCUAUGCCCAGGGCUCGGAAGUGUUGAGCAACCGCAGGAACGUCGCCUACCACAUUGUGUACAAGGAGGGGCAGUUCUACCCUGUCAACCUACUGCGCAACGUUGCACUGACCAACGCACAGACACCCUAUGUCUUCCUGACGGACAUCGACUUCCUGCCCAUGUAUGGGCUCUACGAUUACCUCAGGAACUCCAUCCGGCAGCUGGAGCUGCCCCAGCGGAAGGCAGCGCUCGUCGUGCCAGCAUUUGAGACUCUGCGCUACCGUCUUACCUUUCCCAAGUCCAAAGCAGAGCUGCUCUCCAUGCUGGACAUGGGCUCCCUCUACACCUUCAGGUACCAUGUGUGGCCAAAGGGCCAUGCCCCAACUGACUAUGCCAAGUGGCGGACAGCCACGGUGCCGUACCGUGUGGAGUGGCAGCCGGACUUCGAGCCUUACGUUGUAGUGAGGCGUGACUGCCCCCAGUAUGACCAGAGGUUCGUGGGCUUUGGUUGGAACAAAGUGUCCCAUAUCAUGGAGCUUGAUGCCCAGGAGUAUGAGCUGCUGGUCCUGCCCAAUGCCUUCAUGAUCCACAUGCCUCACGCCCCCAGCUUUGACAUCUCCAAGUUCCGCUUGAGCGCUGGCUACCGGGGCUGCCUGCAGACACUGCGGGAGGAGUUCCACCAGGACCUGUCGCGUAGGACACAAAACUACAGUGCUUGUCUCAGUCUACAAGAUGAAAUGGGAAAGAUGGGAUAUACUGGGUAGCCCACAGCCCAUACCAGAGAAGGAUUUAUGAAGUAUCAUCACAUCCCUUCUUGUGGAUGUUAUCAAAGGAGUAAGCCUUUAUAUGAGGGAUCUGAAUGAAAAGAGGGGUGGAAGCUUGGAGAUAUAUAGGAGCAGGAGUUCCAGAGCUAAUUCCUUGGGCAUUUCCUGUUCUACAUCUGAUGGCCAACAGUAUGGAUCUGAGGCAAUAUGCUGCAGCUGCUCAGGCAAGGUGCAUUUACAGAUUUAGCUUUCUGUUGCAGAGGCCUUAAGAGACAUAAUGUCUUCUAAAUAGAGAAGACUGCAGAGCACACUUCUGGCUGGUGAUACAGCUUGUGAAUGGCCUUGGGUACGGCAGUUUGCUGAUCAAGUGAGCCCAGGACUUCUUGAUAAUGCCAAGCAAGUCAGGUGCAGGGGAAAACAUUUAUCCUUUUUCUCUGGGUUGAAAAAGCCAUCUAUGCAAAUCCUCUUCUGUACAGAAAAAUCCAGGAGGAAGCAGUCUUGGCAGUAAGCCUUCUGUGGCAACCUGGCAAGCCUGAACUUGCCUUGAAUCCUCAGUGUUCAAGAACCCCUUAAAGCCUGAUUGCUAGACUGUAAUUGCUAUUGCCAGCAGGACAAGGAGAGGGGAAGAAGGAACUGGGGGAGCUUUAUAGUGGAUGUGGUUAGGGAAUCCCUCUUUUGGUGGGAAGAAAGUAGUACGGUCAUAAGGGUGGGGGAGCAGCAGAGCUCAUUGUGGCUGGGCUGCUGAGGGAGUAUUUAGCAUGUUCCCCCACAUGGAUGUGUGAAAGAGUGGGAGUGAGAGCCAAGAGGCUGGUGGUAAAAUUAUUUAUGGUGCAGGAACACCUUGGAACCGCUGCUCUUGAGGCUGCUCUAACUGUAGCUCAGGCAUGCUGGACUUCUUAGUAGACCACAUGUAGUGCCAAGGAUCGAGUCUUAUCAAACUAGCCCUGAUCUGAGUCCUGGAAGGUGGCCAAAGGAGAGAUGGGCCCACUGCUCACCUCAGACCCCAUAUCAGCCAAAAUUCUUGUCUGUGCCCUGAGCAGGGAUGGGGAUAGAGCUGACAGAUAAAGUGCCUAGUGGCAGGUGCAACAAAACAUCCUACCCUAUGCCUGGUCAUGUCAUCACUACUCUUCUGUCCUUUGAGAAGGCUGGACCAGGGAAGCCUCCAGCAAAAACAGUUUCAGUUUUGGCAUCUGAAUAUUCCAUAUUUUAAAAACAGGUUUAAUUUUCACGCUGUAUUAAGCUGGUGUGAGAGCAAAUCAGACAUGGUUCAACCUUGCUAGAGGGUAUACCUGCAGUGCAAAUUCAUUGAUGAUGUAUUAUAAGGACAUCUCCAUUUAUUCCAAGUACCUCAGGCAGCCACAAGAGGAGGAUUUCACUCUGGGCCUUUGUGAAUGCUGGCCAGGCUCGGAGUACAAGGGCUGGGCCUGGAACAGUCCUUGGAAGAAGCUGAUUUGAAGUUGAGGUGGUCAGAAUUAAUCUUCAAAUCUCCAGACAGUUUGGAUAUGGAUUUGCUUUCUGAAGCCUUGUCAUACUGUCAAUAAAAUACAUCACUGACUUCCUGUCAACAACUACACUAAUAGAUCUGCCCACAAAAUCUCCACAACCUUUUAACGCUAGGUAGGCAGAUGUAAAUUAUCAUUACCAACAGAGUCAUAAUUGCAAGUACAGGCGAAUAAGAUUCUUGAGUUGCUCAUAUAACAGACCCUGUUAACCAGGAUUCUCCAGGUGCAAAGCAUUUUAUCCUACCACUGAUAAUUACCUGCCAGUGAUGCCCUCACAGAACCAUUAAGUUUCCUACACUGUCCACCAAUAAACCACACCAGUACUACUUUGUGACUGUCUGUUUUGUACAGCACUGAGCACACCUCUGGUUCUAAACAAAUAAUAACUCAUUAUCAUACUAAGUAUUCUGUCAAGUAUUCUGUCUGCGUGACAUCCCACAAAUGUAUCUUCCAGACAUUUUAAGAACAGAUUGCAGGGAUAAGGGAAAAGCUGUUUCUAAAAUUCACUUGUUCUUUUUCUGAGCAGUGAGAGAGGCAGCAUGACUUAGUGAACUGAGCAUUGGGCUGGGAGCUGGAAACGCAUCGGAUACAGACUCCCUUUGUGGCCUUAUUUUAGCUCCCUGCCUCAGUUUUCCAAUCUUUAAAGGGGAAUAAGUCAUCGCCUACUCCUGGCAGUGAUAUAAAGAUUAGCUAAAUGUCCAUAUGCUGCUUAGGAAAUACAAAAUACUAAGUAUUAUUAUAUGUAGCUUUCCAUAUGGCCUCAGAUCAGAGAAAUUUAAAACUGGAGAGGUUUCAACACCAUCAGACCAUACCAAAUAUGACAGGAAAGAAAAGGCAGCAGAUAUUAGUGCAAGCUAAAAGUUAACUAUCAAACAGUUGUAAUUUCUGCAUUGUUUGGGACUCCUUUGAGCAGCUAAAUAAAUUA